AUGGUGGAAAGUGUCCCAGGUGCACCGUAUACUCUUGAAUUGGAUUCUUUAUCUUCUGUUGAGGCGAAUAUACGGCGGCGAUGUGAGUUGUUGGACAGUGUCGCUGGAGACAAUACUUUUUCCAUCACCUUGGUCACCUUUCCUUUGAUGGGCGUUGGUGAGUUUACCACAUCCGAGAGUAAAGAAUCUCCAUACUCCCGCUCACUUUUUGUGCCAGAUGUAUGCAUCAAUACCGCACAUCCACGUUUCGCGAAUCUCACGCAGAAUAUUCGUUUGAGACGCGGCCGAAAAGUAUGUAUUCAAAUUCCUAUUUAUAUUGAUACACAUACGAUGGAGCGAACUGUGGAUCAUCGAUUGAAUAUUGAUUAUACACCCCAAAAUAAGGAUAUUGACUGCGGUAUAGCAAUGAAUAAGAGAAGCAAAGGGGAGAAAUUUAGUGUUGGUGAGGCGGUUGUGUUGAAAGAAAGGCAAAUCAAUGAUAAUAAUGAUACUUCUGAAUACCCAGAGGAAGGGGAAAUGAUCUAUUUUUAUACUCCCGCCACACACUAUUAUUAUGCACAGUAUUUUAAUAAAUCUCACAUGGAACUUGUAAAACAACGCUAUGAUGUCUGUCCAUGUCCAGUACCUUCAGUAUGUCAUCCAUGUAUCUAUAUGGACUGCAUGGCGUUUGGUAUGGGUUGCAAUUGCUUGCAAGUCACUAUGCAAUUUGAAGGUGAAUCAUGUGCGCGUCACGUAUACGAUCAGUUAGGGAUUUUAUGUCCUUUAUUUCUUGCAAUCAGUUCAUCAACACCCUUUCAAAAGGGUAUUUUAUGCGAUUCAGACGUUCGAUGGUUAACAAUUGCCGCCUCCGUUGAUGACCGCAAACACGAGGAGGUUCCACGCAUUCUUAAAUCACGGUAUGACUCAUUUUCUGUUUUUGUCAGUUCAUCUGUGCCAAACUUGGAGGAGUUUAACGAUGAAGACUUUGUCAUUAAUGAUGCUCACUUUGAGACUCUUAAAAAGGCGGGGGUGGAUGAGCGUCUAGCGAGGCAUGUGGCGCAUCUUUUCAUUCGUGACCCCCUGGUGGUGUUCGAUCAGAUGAUUGAUAUUGAUGAUACGACGCACACGGAACAUUUUGAGAAUAUUCAGAGUACAAAUUGGCAGUCGGUUCGUCUCAAGCCUCCUACUCUUGAUGGUGAAACUGGCUGGCGGGUGGAAUUUCGUGUCAUGGAUGUUAUGCCGACACCCUUUGAAAAUGCGGCCUUUUCCGUGUUUGUGGUUUUGCUGACGCGUGCUAUUAUUAAAUAUAAUCCAUUGUUCUACACUAAGCUGAGCAUUGUCGAUGAAAACAUGGGUUGCGCACACAACCUUAACCCUUGUUCGCAACGCUAUGUUAUGCGACGUGAUAUCUUUUCUAAACGUGUCUCAACUGAUCCCUCUGAAAACGGUGAAUUCACCGUUGAUGAAGUGUUUAACGGCAAAAAGGAAGGAUAUUAUGGUUUGAUUCCUCUUGUACGACGAUACAUGGAAGAGGAACAGUUACAAAGCCCCAUACUGGAGGGUUACCUUCGUUUUAUCUCAAUGCGGGCCUCGGGAAAAAUUCCUACGGCUGCGCAAUACCUGAGAGAGUUUGUUGUACAACAUCCUGACUAUAAACAUGAUUCCAGGUUAACGCAGCAAAUUGCACAUGAUUUGGUAUUGCAUGUACACAAACUUGCUUGUGGGAAAAUCACGGAUGAGCGUUUUCUCCCCAUGACCAAGUUCAGAGGGAAAAGAGUCCGUGAGUAG